AAUAGUAGUAUUCAGUAUACGAGCGUGUACGCACGACUUCUAAACAAAAAUUUAUACAUAUAUCGACAUUUUUACCGACCCUUUCAAUUUUUUCACAAAUAAUUAGUAUAUCAAUUAAAUUUAUUCAAUUCAAGUGUACCUAUGGACCAGUAUCAUUUACAUUUUUUUUUUUUUUGAAAUUUAUCAAACUUUUCCGUUUUUAAUGCAAGAUUAUGUUCUCACCUAAAAUGCGGCAUAGUUCGUUUUUUUGUUCAGUUUUAUGUAUCGCAGCUUGCACCAUAGUCACAAGGGCGGCAAAUAUAUUAGUAUUUAUGCCGUUGCCGCUAAAAAGCCAUUUUCGUGGAUUUCAACCGUUGUUCGAAGAGUUAUCACAUCGAGGACACAAUGUAACGGUAGUUAGUUCAUUCCCUCUAGAUCGUCCGAUUAACAACUACACGGAUAUCGGGCCGUUUAUUAAUAAAGAAAGAGUGAGAAAUGUAAUGGAAUUAGUAAACAUGAACUUCAUAACGUCGGCCCAAUUGAAAUGGAAGCUUGGCAUACAAUUAUCCGAAACAGUCAUGUCUCACGAGAACAUGAAAAAGUUCCUCCAAUCGAGUUCGAAUUCGUUCGAUUUGGUCAUGAUCGAAACGUUUUGUCAAGAGUACACUGUCGCCAUGGGCCAUAAAUUCAACGCCCCUGUCAUAAAUUUGGCACCGGCAAUGCUCUGGGUCAGUGUUAGCAAAUGGCUACACGUGCCUUCCACGUUUUCAUACAUACCGGACGUUUGUUUACAAACAGCGGGCGACAUGGAUUUCGUAGAACGAUUAAAAAACACUAUAACUGGACUCAUGCAGUCUUACGUUGAAAAUUACAUAUAUUUACCUAAAAUGAAGGAAGUAAUGAAUAAAUAUAUUACGUACGAAGGCUGGGAGUCCAGGCCUCCACUCGAGCAUAUGCUGAAUAACGUGUCUCUAACAUUAGUCAAUUCAAAUUAUGCGAUUGGUGUAGCUAGACCGUAUCUUCAAGGUGUCGUUGAAGUAGGCGGAAUGCACUUAAAAACUCCAAAAUCUCUACCCGAAAAUCUUCAAACAAUUUUAGAUGCUGCAGACGAAGGAGUAAUAUUUUUCAGUUUUGGUACGGUGGUCAAUUUAAAUGACUUACCCAAAGAAAAAUUGAAAAUUUUUCUAAAUGUUGUUCAAAAAUUAAAACAAAAAGUUAUACUAAAAUGGGUACCUAAGGACAAUGUAAAGCUGUCUAAAAACAUUAUGACUGGUUCAUGGUUUCCACAAAACGACAUUUUAGCACAUCCAAAUGUUAGACUUUUCAUAACUCACGGAGGAUUGCAUAGCAUAGAAGAAACCGUUAAUAACGCAAUACCUAUAGUCGGAGUACCAUUUUUUGCUGACCAGUAUUUAAACAUCAAAAUAGUCGAACAACAAGGGUAUGGUAAAUUAGUAAACUUUUUUGAAAUGACCGAAGAAUCAUUCGAAAAUGCCGUCAAAGAAGUGCUGUCGAAUGCGAGGUUUAAAGAAAUGGCAAUGGUUCAGAGUCAGGUAUUCAAAGAUCAACCAAUGAAACCCUUAGAUCGGGCUGUUUAUUGGGUCGAAUAUGUUUUACGGAAUGGUGGAGCUGAACAUCUUAAAAGUGACUCAUUAGAGUUAAAUGACUUACAGUAUUUUUUGUUGGACGUAUCAGUGAUUAUUCUUGUAUUAACUGGACUGAUCAUUUGGUCGUGUUAUUUGAUAGUUGCAAAAUGUAUAUCUAAAAAAUUAAAUACAGCAUUGAAAAAAAAAAUGAAAACGUAUUUUGUCGUGCUCGCGUCAGCCUCCCGGCUGCUACUGUCGCUGUCGCUGCUUUCGACGGUCUUAUCACCGCCGACCACGCUCGCCGCAAACAUAUUGGCUUUUAUGCCCAUGCCGCUGAAAAGCCAUUUCAGCGGGUUCCAACCGAUGUUCGAAGAGUUGGCCCGACGGGGUCACAACGUCACCGUGGUCAGUGCGUUCCCGUUGAAGGACCGGCGCGUCCCGAACUACACCGACGUGGACGUGAUGCCAUCGCGAGGGGUUCCCGACUUUGACGUGAUGCAUUUGAUCAAUUCCAAUUUCAUGAUUUCGGUGACGAACAGUUGGUUUUUUGCCAACCUCUUGUCGAACCAGCUGGAACAGCCGAAUUUGAAAGACUUCGUGCGAUCGGACGACAACUCGUUCGAUCUGGUCUUAAUCGAAUCGUUCCUCCAGGAAUACACUGUGGCCCUUGGCCAUAAAUUCAGCGCUCCAGUUGUCAAUUUAUCGCCGUCAAUGGUCUGGGUCAGUGCCAGUAAAUGGCUGCAUUUACCUGCGAUAUUUUCGUAUGUGCCGGAUUGCUGUAUUGGCAUAACAGACGACAUGAGUUUUGUAGACCGUUUAAAGAACACCAUCGUCGGACUUAUGGAAAUGGUUGUGGAAGACUACCUGUAUAUUCCAAUGAUGAAAACGAAAAUGAGUAAGCAUUUCGCAUACACUGGUUGGCAAUCGAGACCUACUCUCGAGCAAAUGCUGAAUAACGUAUCACUAACGCUGAUGAACGCUCACCAUGCGGUUGGAGUGUGUCGACCGUAUCUUCCGGGUGUCAUUGAAGUAGGAGGAAUGCAUAUCAAGGAACCGAAACCGUUACCCAAAGAUUUACAAGAUUAUAUUGAUUCUGCUUCUCACGGUGUCAUAUUUUUCUCUUUUGGUUCAAUCAUAAACCUAUCAAAUUUACCAAAAGAAAAAUUGAAUAGUUUCCUUAAUGUCAUCAGUCGUUUAAAACAAAAAGUAAUUAUGAAAUGGGUGCCAGAUAAAAGUAUAAAAUUGCCUCAUAAUGUAAAAGUCGGUUCUUGGUUGCCUCAGAAUGAUAUCUUAGCUCAUUCAAACGUAAAACUUUUUAUUACCCAUGGAGGUUUGCACAGUAUCGAGGAAGCUGUGUACUAUGGAAAACCGGUAAUUGGCAUACCAUUUUUUGCUGAUCAACGAUCGAACAUGAAGGUGGUCGAAAAAAACGGUUAUGGAAAGUUGAUAACUUAUAAUGAACUAACCGAAGAAUCAUUUGGAAAUGCAGUCGAAGAAGUAAUAACAAAUCCGACGUUUAAGGAUAAGUCAAUGAUUCAGAGUCAGGUGUAUAGAGAUCAACCGAUGAAACCUUUAGAUCGAGCUGUAUACUGGAUAGAGUACGUAAUUCGGAACGAUGGAGCUAAAUAUUUAAAGAGUGACUCUAUAGGACUAAACACUGCGCAGUACUUUUUGUUUGAUAUCACAUUAUUUUUAUUUUUACUAACGGUAAUUAUUGCUUGGUUGGUUUACUGUGGAACCGUUAAGAUUUCAUCAAAAUGUAUAACAAAUUAAAACUAAAAAAUGAAUUACCUUUUGAUUUUGAAGCAUACAAUACUUAAUUCUUAUACAUUGACUUUAAUAUUUUAUUGUUAUUUUUGCACCUAGAUUUUGAUGGAAACAAUAUUAAUACAUUUUAAAAUUUCUUAUUGCUUAAUAUUAUAAAUCAUAAAUCGGAAGGAUUAAUGCUGCAAA